GAACUCGAAACAGAGUACCACCGUUACAAAACGUGAAGACGAACUGAUGAAGAAAGAAGUGAGCACCUUGAUUCAAGCCAUUUUCAGGCGAUAACUCAAAAGAGACUGAGUUCGACUGGCCAACAAGGCAACGACCAAUCACAAUUAAGUGGAUUCACGACCAAGGGGUUUUCUAUGAUUGGGCAACAGAGUGCACUGAUAUAUCUCAUAAAUGACAUUGCAUUGUAGUGAUUUCUAUCUCAAUAACAGUCAUGUUUCUGUUGUUAGGAGCUAUCAAUUUGGUCAGAUGUUGCCUGUUUUUUUUUCCUGAUUCUUCUGAAACACACCCCAUUACCACCUCAUGAGUGAAACCUCACUUGAUAAUUUUGUUCAGAUUAUAUAGAUGGGAGACCAAUUUUUUUAUGGAUGAAGGAUGUGGGGAAGGCACAUAAAGUGCAUGAGAAAGCCUUUACUAAGAUUCCUCUACUUAUUUUCCCAACAUAAUAAAGGUUCAUGCAUCACAAUUUGUCAACUUUUGUCCACCGACACUUCUAAAAGUAUUGUCAAAUCCAGAGAUGAAUUCAUUGAGCUUACUUGCAAUGGAAUGUUGAAGGAGGUAUUUGAAAAAUUCAGAACGGAGAUCUGGUUAGAACCAUCCCUAUUUUCUCACCUUCUUCAAGGAUGUAUUCUUUCACAGUCACUUCCUCUAGGCAAGCAGCUCCAUUCUUUAAUUAUCACAUCUGGUUGUUCUUCAGACAAAUUUAUUUCCAACCAUCUCCUCAACAUGUAUUCCAAAUUUGGAGAAUUGCAUACUGCGGUUGCACUGUUCAAUUUGAUGCCCAGGAAGAACAUCAUGACAUCAAACAUUUUGAUUGGUGGGUUUAUACAAAGUGGUGAUUUGGUGACUGCUUGGAAGUUGUUUGAAGAAAUGCCUGAGAGAAACCUUGCGACAUGGAAUGCAAUGGUUACUGGACUUACACAGUUUGAAUUCAACAAAGAGGCAUUGGGUUUGUUAUCUCAAAUGCAUGAAAUUGGAUUUCGACUUGAUGAGUUUACUCUAGGUAGUAUUCUUAGAGGCUGCGCUGGUCUGAAAGCACUUAUUCCUGGAAAGCAGAUCCAUUGCUACAUAAUGAAGUCUGGGUUUGAUGGCAAUUUGGUUGUUGGGAGUUCUCUGGCUCAUAUGUACAUGAAAUGUGGGUUUGUGGAAGAAGGGGAAAGAGUAAUAAAGGGAAUGCCUGUUCAUAAUGUUGUUGCAUGCAAUACCCUCAUAGCUGGCAGGGCACAAAAUGGGUGCUCCGAGGAAGCUGUGGAUCAGUAUAAUCUUAUGAAGAUUGCAGGAUUCAGGCCAGACAAAAUUACCUUUGUCAGUGUUAUCAGUUCAUGUUCAGAAUUGGCAACCCUUGGACAAGGGCAGCAGAUUCAUGCUGAAGCUAUUAAGUCUGGAGCUGCUUCGGCAGUAUCCGUGGUCAGUUCAUUGAUUAGCAUGUACUCAAGGUGUGGGUGUUUGGAAGACUCUAUAAGGGCCUUCUUGGAAUGUGAAGAUGCAGAUGUUGUUUUGUGGAGCUCGAUGACUGCUGCUUAUGGGUUUCAUGGCCAGGGCCAAGAAGCUAUCAAGUUGUUUGAGUCAAUGGAGAAUGAAGGUCUGGAGCCAAAUGAUGUUACCUUCUUGAGCUUGCUCUAUGCUUGUAGUCAUAGUGGAUUAAAGGAAAGGGGAGCAAAAUUCUUUGAAUUGAUGGUUGAUAAAUACAAAGUAAGCCCUAGUUUGGAGCACUAUACUUGUAUGGUUGAUCUCCUUGGGAGAUCUGGCUGUUUGGAGGAAGCAGAAGCUUUAAUCCAGUCAAUGCCCAUAAAGCCAGAUGCAAUUAUCUGGAAGACUUUGCUAUCUGCAUGUAAAAUCCAUAAGAAUGCAAAGAUGGCCAGAAAGGUUGCUGAAGAAGUUCUUAGACUUGAUCCUCAGGACUCUGCACCUUAUGUCUUGCUUUCAAACAUCCAUGCUUCCGCUAAGAGAUGGGGUGAUGUUUCAGAUGUGAGGAAGGCCAUGAGAGAGAUGAAGGUGAAGAAGGAGCCUGGGAUAAGUUGGUUGGAGGUGAAGAACCAGGUUCAUCAGUUCUGUAUGGGUGAUCAAUCCCAUCCAAAAUGGAUGGAGAUUGAUGGGUUCCUGAAAGAACUAAUACUGGAGAUUAAGGAACGAGGUUAUGUGCCGGACACAAGCUCUGUUUUGCAUGACAUGGACGCUGAGGAAAAAGAGUACAGCUUGGCCCACCACAGUGAGAAAGUGGCUAUUGCUUUUGCACUCCUGAACACUCCUGUUGGUUCCCCAAUCAGGAUCAUGAAGAAUUUGCGUGUGUGUAAUGAUUGCCAUGUGGCAAUCAAAUUCAUAUCAGAGGUUACUUUAAGAGAAAUUAUUGUUCGUGAUGCUAGUCGGUUUCACCAUUUCAAGGCCGGGAAAUGUUCUUGUGGUGAUUACUGGUAGAUACAGGAUGCUACUCUUACAAGUGCAGGGAAUUAAGUUUAUUUAUUUUUUUAUGGUAAGAUUAAUUUUAUUUAAUACUUAAAGUUAAGGUUAUUGAAUUUAUUUGUUCUGAAGGAGAUUCUUGUUAGCAUUCCUUUAAAUUCAUGCAUAUGAUGGGAAAACCUCUACAUUUCAAAGAUGGAAAUUUGUUAGCUAUGAUCGGGAUCUUCAUCAUUGCCAUCUACUUCAAAGGAUUCUAUGUUGUUUUGCCUGUUUGUUAAUUGUUACUAUGCCGUUAUGGACAAGGUUCAUUCAAGCACACUAUUUUAGAAGUUGAACAUUCUACCAUUUACAAUCUGCACCACAGUGCAAUUUUUACAUUAUUUUGCAGGUUGAAAAGCAUUAAUGUGAUCUCUGGAAUUCAAAGUUCUUUGAUUUAACAUUAUUAAGUUAUAAAAAAAUCUUACACUGUUUUUAUCUGUAAUUCUGUAAUCAGAGGAGUUCCUUUAUUAGUAUCUGGGGAAAUGGAUGGGAUCUGAAUGGUUAUCUGUUUGUCCCCAUUCAUAGUCUUACAUGGUAUAUCAGUGCACCAUCAAGGUGAUUUUUAAGAACCUUUUUGCUUUGUAUGCUAAUUUCCUUUUUCCAAGCUUUCUUUAUAAUGAACUAGCAGGGAAAAAAUUUAUCCAUCAUGGUUUCAUUUCCUCUACUGGCAUUUCAUUGUUGCUGCUUGUUUCUACUUGACAUAUUUGGAUCAGAAUUUGCAGCUUGGCAGAUCUGGCAAUCAGUCUUCAAUGCUGUCAAUGUUCUAGAAAACUUGGAUUGAAGCUUUUGGAACCUUGGCUAAAAGCAGCAUAAGAUAGCAUAUCUAUCCGAGGUGGGGGGGGGGAUCUUGGAGCUCAACUCCUCAAAGUCCAGGACGAUAUACCUAUUUGUGCUUCUAUAAUCUCUCAGCGUCUAGCUCUUUACUCAUUGGAAGUUGGGGCUGAAUGGGUCAGAGAUGGGGUGAAGGACCUUGCGAAGAACCAUGGUUUUUAAAAACGAACUGGUGAUCGAACCAGUCAGGGGUCCGGUUACCGGUUCGAACGGUCUGGC